AUUUCUAAUACCAUAGAACAUAGAUAUCUUUUCCCCAGUAAUGGAACAUUUAGGAUCAACAACCUGAGUAGGUCAGACAGUGGUAAUUAUACCCUUCAAACCUUUGAUUCAGAUGGAAGAUCAUCAGGCGAGCGGACUUUACAGUUGUUUAUUCAAGCUCCUGUGUCCUCUGUCCUGCUGGUCUCUAAGUGUCUGUCCCAGGGAGAGAUGAGGGUGUCCUGCUUCUCUGAGGGAGGGGACAGUCCUCAGUACAGCUGGACUUUGGAUGGACGCACACUGACAGAUGCUGAGCUCCUUUCUGGAGAUAAUGAGACUAACAUCAUGACUCUGAAACAGCACGUCUCAGGAACUCUGGUCUGCUCAGUCAGGAACAACGUCAGUAAUGUCUCCAAAGAAAAGAAGAUAUCUACUUGUGGGUUCAUUUUUAUUAACUGCACCACAGUCAAUGGGACAAUGAUAUCGGGGUGGGUGCAUAAAGCCAGUAACACCCUGUGUGUUGAACCAGCACAGAUUCUUAAGGGAAAUUUGCCACUAAUUGGUGUUCUCACGACGCUCAUCAUUUUCUUACUUGUGGGUAUAGCAGUCAUCUGUGCUCAGCGGAAAAAGAAAAACAGCAAACAUAAAAAACAAAAAGAGGAAGAAGAUGACCAGGAAGAAAUCUUUGCUGAUAUCAGGGUUGUGAAACGGCAGGCGAAACAACUGGAGAGAAGAGCUGAGCUAGAGUUUGGCAAAGUCAAGUAUUCAAAGCGUCCUCGGCAGACGGAACCAUCAGGAAAUGCUUGUUUGUAUGGCAACGUCCAUAAAGCCAUGUAAUUUAAGUGGUCAGUGCUUAUACACAGACUGCACAGCUGAAAGCUGAUCAGUGAGGAGCUGCUGUCAAUAUGUCUAACUAUUUUUCGUUAAAUGUGAUUUCCCAUCAGAAAAAUAUAAUAUAUACUAUCAAAGGUAAUACUUACUGAUAUAAAUACUUACUGAUAAUUACUUUCAUUGCACUUCCAAUCUCUUGAUUUAGUAUGUUGCACAAAUACUGUGAGUGUUUUCUGCAUAUAUUCUGUGGAAGCUCUCAUAGAACAUUGUUAUUUAGGUUAUUGAGGGGAGGAUCUAAUCGUUAAUCCAAGAUGGCGCCGGUGUGCUCGGCAGGCUGGGCCCUCUACUGUUUGGAGUAUCAGAUCUCCU